ACACAUGAGGGCAGCACUGGACUUACAAUUUUCCUUGAGUUCCACUGUCCCCAAAAACAUGGCGGCCUCCGUGUCUUUCAGGCGAGAAUUGUGUUCUUUGGCAAGGAUAUUUAGUGGUUUCUCACAUUUGGGGCCGAGAGCUGUGUUCGCUUGUUCAGCUCACAGGAAAUGUAACAUCAUCAGGUCUCAUCUCCCAGUGAUAUCCAGCUCUUCCUUCCACACAGGAACGGUGUUUUUAUCAGCACCCUCAUUAAUCACAGUGACGGAGGAGCCAGACACACUGUUGCAGAGGGUGUCACUACUGGUCAAAGGACAUGACCAAGCCGUGUUGGACAGCUAUGAGUUCUUUGCCACGAUGGCAGCCAAAGAGCUGGGCAUCAACAUCAACAAAGUUUAUGAACCUCCUAAGGACAUGGAGAGGCUUACAGUCCUGAAGUCAGUUCACAUCUUCAAAAAACACAGGGUCCAGUAUGAGAUGAGGACACACUAUCGCUGCAUUGAGCUGUCUCAUUUAACAGGCUCCACAGCACAGGUGUUCCUUGAAUAUGUCCAGAGGAACCUCCCUGAAGGUUUAGCCAUGGAGGUGACAAAGACUGCCAUGGAGAAGGUUCCCGAUCACAUCCUGGAACCCAUGUGGAAGGAGAACCCCGCUGAGGACGGGCCAAGUCAGUGAACAUUGGAUGUGAAAGGCGAUAUUUACAUACAGAACGUCAUAUAGAUCUUAUCAUUAUUAUCAAUACACAGUUAAAGACCUCAACAUAAAAAGGCAAUCUAUGGAAGUUGUAUUUCUUUAUUUCAACAUAUAAUUAUGUGUUACUGUGUUCUCUUAUUUUGCAGUUGUGUUUUCAGUUGUUACUGUGAACAAAAUCAAUGUUGAUCUAAAUAUAUUGUAAACUUUUUUCCACAAAAUAAAUCCUGAAUUUACUGACAUUAA